AGGCGGCUCCUCGGCGCGGCCCGCGCGCCGCGCGGCGGCCCGCAAUGGAGGAAAGCCCCCAGCGCCAGGCAAAGGCGCGAAGAGCCUGAGGUUGCACCGCAUGCUGCAGGCCGAGCAGUGGAGUGGGCCCUGCGUCUUUCCCCCUCGCGACGUGCUUCGCGGAGGCGGCAGCGACGAAGGGAGGCCCCCCAAGCCCAGCCGCAGCCGGCGGCGCGCCGACCGCAGGCUGAAACUCGCCACCUGCAGGCAAGCUGUCUGGGACCUCUACACCCUCACUCCACCCUGGUGGGGGUCGCCGUGGGAGGUACAUACGGAGGACGGGCAGUGGAGGCCGCCAGAGUGGAUAGAGCCCGACGUGAGCCCGCUAGUCGCCACAGCUGGACAGGGGCAGCGUCACGAGAGGGCGACCAGUUCGUGCGAGAAGGACGGGCAGUGGCUGCCUGCAGUGGAAACAACCAGCUCGUGUGAGAAAGACGGGCAGUGGCAGCUGCAGGAAGGCGCUGGCUGUACACGUGUGAACGACGGGCAGUGGCAGGUGCGAGAAGAAGGCGGCGAAGCGGGGCACACACGUGAUCAGCCACAACUCGGGAACAUCUGCGCUAUCUACACCCUGAAACACUCUACCUCGUUCCCCCUCGUCGCCACGGCUGGACCAGAAAACAGGAAUGGCGAGAAGACGGGAGAGGCGAAAGUAGAGAAGGACGGACAGUGGCAGCGUCAAGAAAGAGUGACCAGCUCGGGCGAGAAGGGCGAGCAAUGGCUGCUACGAGAGGCUGUCGGUGCUUGCGAGAAGGGAAGGCAGCGGCAGUUUACAGCAGAUGCAACCAGUACGUGCGAGAAGGACGGGCAGUGGCGGCUACGAGAGGCUGCCGGUACGUGCGAGGAGGGCUGGCAGUGGCAGCCUACAGCGGAUGCAACCAGUUCGUGCGAGAAGGGCGGACAGUGGCUUCUACGAGAGGCUGUCGGUGCUGUCGGUGCGUGCGAGAAGGGCGGGCAGUGGAAGCCUACAGCGGACGCAACCAGUUUGUGCGAAAAGGACGGGCAGUGGCAGCUCUGGGACGGCAGUGGCGGUGCUCGCGAGAAGGGCGGGCAGUGGCAGCCGGCAGCGGAUGCAACCAGUUCGUGCGAGAAGGACGGGCAGUGGCAGCUCGGGGACGGCAGUGGCUGUGCGCGCGAGAAAGACGGGCGGUGGCAGGUGCGAGAAGAAGCGGGCGGUGUAGCGGAGCCCCCACGUGAUCAGCUACAAUUCGGAAAUCAGCGCGGCACAAGCAUAGCUAUGUGGAAAUCCCGAGCUGAAAUCGCCAAGGUGUGGCUGGCGGACGGAGACAAAACGAUAAAACCCGACAUCGUCAACUACAGCGCUGGGAGGAACAGCGCUUGCGAGAAGCUGCAGCGGAAUACGAAGGCGAGAAAUAAUACCAACGACAUCAGCUACAGCAUAGAAAGCGGUGCAGAGACCGUCACCUGCAGCGCGAGGGAGCAGAGCAGAGCGGCUUCGCACCACGAGAAGUGGCUGGCCAAGCGGUUCGGGCGAAAGGCGAAGCUGGAACCCAAUUCCUACCUAGCUAGCUACUCCGACGUGGGAGCGAAGACCAGAGUCGUCAGGGCACAGCCGACACUCGAGGAGUGGAUCUACGGCCCUGGCGGGUGAUGCUGGCGUGGACGCGGGAGUACGGCGCGUGCACGACCAGCUGAGGGUGGCGCCCGAGCACGGCCGCCCCAUACCCUGCAUGGGAGCCCCUUGAGAAUGGGGGCAUACCUGGGGGAGGGGCACAGCGCCGAGGUCGGGCCCCAGACUUGCACCCGCAAGAGGCCGAAAUCCCUGAAAUCUCC